AUGGGUACAACUGCCAGCGCUGCGCCCCCAACCACGCCUGAGAGUUUCCACGGCAACGGGAUGAUGGACGGCAGGCAGUCACUAGGCAACGCCUCCUUAAAGACGGUCAGCAUCCACAACAGCAAGGCCAAGUCCAUCAUCACCAACAAGGUGGCCCCCGUCGUCAUCACUUAUAACUGCAGGCAGGAGUUCCAGAUCCAUGACGAACUGCCGAGGACUCAUUAUAAAGUGGGGCGGAUCUCCGACACCAUGCCUGAACACUUCCUGGUGCAGGGCUCGUACUUCAUGGUGCUGGACGUGUUCAGCAAGGCGGACGUCCUCAACACGACGGGUUCGUGCGGCGCUCCAAACUUCCGCCAGAGCAAAGGCAGCUACCCGCUGUUCGGCAUGGGCCAACCCAGCCUCACUGGUUUCCAACAGGUCCUGCAGAAGCUGCAGAGCCAAGGCCACGAGGAGGUGAUUUUCUUCUGUGUGCGUGAGGAGCCGUUGUUAUUUCUGCAUUUGGAGGAGAACUUUGUUCCCUACACCCCACGGAGGAAGGAGAACCUACAUGAGAACCUGCAUGGCCUGAGCAAGGACGUUCCAGUGGAAACCUUGGAGCUCAAUAUCCGGAAAGAGCUCCAUGACUUUGCCAGGCUGAAUGAGAAUGUGUUCUACGUCUAUAACGACAUCGAACAUUUUAAAGACGAGCCCCAGAAAAUCUCCAUCUCCUGUGAAGAGGACAUCCACGUCACUGAGGAGGUCUACAAGAGGCCGCUCUUCACCAUGCCUGCAUACAGGUACUACCGACUGCCCCUGCCUAUGGAGGGCGCACCGAUGGAGGAGCAGUUUGAUGCCUUUGUGAACAUGUUAAGGGAGAACCCCUCUCUCUCUCUGAAUCGGGACGAGUCCAGGCCGCUCCCUGCUCUACUGUUUAGCUGUCAGGUCGGCGUUGGUCGUACUAAUCUGGGGAUGAUUCUGGGAACGCUGGUGAUGGAAAGACUGACAGGAGCUCCACCCCCUCCACAGUCACCCCCACCACCAUCACCCACUGACACACAAACUGAGGAAAUGGUGAAGUCUGAACUGAAAGCCCAGUUCCAGGUCAUCCAGACCCUCAUCAGCAAGCUGCCCAAUGGUCAGCAGGUCGUAGAUGAGGUGGACCGUGCUAUUGAGCUGUGCUCUGAAAUGCACGACAUUAAAGGAGCCAUUUACGAGAACAAGAAGAAGCUAGAAGCCAUCGGAGAGGAUUACCAAUCUCAGGGAAGCAGCACUAAACUGUACUUCCUCCAGAGGGCGCUGCAGAGUCUGGAGCGCUACAUCUACCUGAUACUGUUUAACACUUACCUGCACCAACAGUAUCCACUGGCAUUUGCUUGCAACUUCAGCCAAUGGCUGUGCUCGAACGCCUGGGUGUACCGCCUCCUGUCCUGCAUGAACCAAUCAGAGCUCAGAGCUCCUGCUGACCUCGUCACUAAGGGAGCCAGAGUACUGGUCGCUGAUGAAUACUUGGCUCCUGAUGUCCUGAGCACCGUUAAGGAGAUGAAGGUAGCGAAUUUCAGACGGGUGCCCAAGAUGCCGGUAUACGGAAUGGCACAGCCCACAUCCGAGGCUACAGGAGUGGUUCUGUCAUAUCUGACAGACGAGAAGCGGAAGCACCAGCACGUUCUGUGGGUGAACGUUCAGGAGGAGCUGGUUUUGGAGGCUAAUGGUCAGAUUUUCUGUCCCAGAGAGCCGUCCUGUCUGGAUCAGCACAUCUCGCUCCACACUGCCCAAACGCAGGACGUAGAGAGGUUGGAGGCGACUCUGAAGGAGGAGAUCCUGAAGGCUCAGAAGUGGUUGGAGGUGACUCUGGAGCAGGAGAAGCAGAUGAAGAUGUUCAAGAGCUGCCAGACUGUGCAGGAGAUCUUCAACCAGCACAAGAGCUCUAACCCAGGACUGGAGUACAAGCGCAUCCCUCUACCAGAGUGUGCAGCACCUACAGAACAGGACUUUGACGGUUUGCUGGAGGCGAUGAAGAGUGUGCUGGCUGAAGAUUCUCGAGCUGCGUUCGUGUUUAACUGUUCAAACGGGAGAGGCCGGAGCACCACAGCCAUGACUAUAGCAGCCCUGACGCUGUGGCAUUUUAACGGCUUCCCGGAGUUUGGAGAAGAGGAGAUCGUGAGUGUUCCCGAUGCUAAAUACACCAAGGGCGAGUUCGAGGUGGUGAUGAAGCUGGUCAGGAUUCUCCCCGAUGGUCACAGAAUGAAGAGAGAGGUGGACAUGGCGCUGGACUCGGUCAGUGAGACCAUGACGCCGAUGCAUUACCACCUCAGAGAGAUCAUCAUCUGCACGUACAGACAGAUGAAGAAUAGUAAGAGUGAGCAGGAGAGCCGCUCACUGUUGCUGAGGAGUCUGCAGUACCUGGAGCGCUACAUGUACCUGAUCCUCUUCAACACCUACCUGCACCUGGAGAAGAAAGACUCCUGGCAGCGCUCCUUCAGCACCUGGAUGCAGCAGGUGGCGGCCCGGGCCGGAGUUUACGACCUGCUGAACCAGCUGGGCUUCUCCGAGUUUGAGAACCUGAAAGACUCGACUCUCGCGCGCCUCCGCUUCCGCUGGCAAGAGCAAAACCUCCAGAACCUUCCCUUCAGAGGAGAACUCAUCUGAGAGAGAGAGAGACAGAGAGAGAGACGCACUGUUACCUGUGAACGAAGAAAACGAGCGUAACCUGAGGAUGCUGUGCAUUUAUUUGAUCACUGUGCAUUCAGAACAGUUUUAGUUUCAAUACUCGUCGCUUUUUUGAAUUGCUGUCGUCGUUAGAUUGUUUUUGUUUGUAGUGGAUUCAUCCAGGACACACGCUAAACCUUUAACACCACCUGCAGCUGUUUUAACGCUUUAAACUCCAGGCCUGUUCAUCUUAAAGCAAUAGUCCAAAGAUUUACCCCUAUCGUCCCAAAUAUAGUCAACCCUAUAAGAUAUCGCCGCUGCCCAGAGGGAAAAAGUCUCUAAAAUGGCAAAAGCAUUUUAAUUAUGAAUAUAAUUUAAUGCAUUUUAUUGCAUGCCAUUUUGGAUCAUUUCUAAAGGUCCACGUUCGUCAUGAAAUACAGGGAGAUUCACUCGAAAGAGGCCCCAAAUAUUCUGUAACAACUCUCACUAGGAUGAAGCUAUCUGAACGAAACGAUGUGCAACGAGCUCCUGAGUGUAUGGAGCGUCGAACAGGCCUGGAUCCCCCUGCGUCGGGGCGAUGGGGUAGGCGCCGGACAGCCAUCGCCACAUUUUACCUCUGUAAUGCUUGCCGAUACAUUCAGAACCAUGGAGCAUCGAAAUGACUCUGAACAACGGAGAUCACGUCCAGCAUCGCAUGUAAUGCGCUCGAUUACACACACGUCAAGGUAUGUAGCGCAUUUAUGGUUCAGAUCGCUUCAGAACAGAAUAUUCCAGGCCUCUUUUGAGUGAAUCUCCCUGUAUAGUAAUACAACAUAAUGGGCAACUGGUUUCCUCAAAUGAAGGACAGAAAAAUUAAAAAAUGAAUUGUUUUCUUUCGAACAGCGACGAUGUAUUCAGUGUCUGAACUUUGCUUCUUUAGUUUUGCACCAGGUUAAAAUUGCUAACAGUAAAUGGAAGCUCAUACCCCACCCAUCAGCAUGCUACCUUACUUCGUUCCCGUUUUCCUCGGUCCUGAAAUGGACUGAAAUGGACUCAGUCUUGCAGUUUCUGACACUGAAAUCUAUUAAAAAAACGAUGCUAGUGUUUUUAGCUAUGCUAACACACUUCGUAGUCCAUGUUUAUACCUAACAGUGAGUCUUACCAGCGUCAGGAACCAAGUAAUCAAGUCUAUUAGAGACGCUGAACACCUCUUGAACGCUGAACACAAGCUUGUGCUUAUUUAAGCAGGCAGUUAGCACAAUGCUAAUCAGCCUUGUAGCUCCAGUGCUAAAGCUAAAGACGCUUCAGACACCACACAUGACGUAGCUGAUCCACGACGUUGCGCGUAGAAUCUGUGGACGUGAGCUUUCGACGUCACCACCGUUCCACGGCGUCCUCCCCCCGACCCCUCAGGGCUCGCUCACACUUGCGUGAAGUCCUGUCAAACGGUUACGUCCUCACGCCGGAGGCAUCGACGGCCGUUGAGCCAGUUGAGCAGUAUUAGGUUCGUGUUUUUAUGUAAAGGUCCACAUUCAUGAUCGUGCUUGUGUUGAAACCGUCAUAAAUGUGAGUUUUUCCCUCAUUUCAUUGCCAUUUCACGGAUCUGUCCCUGAAUCCCAGCUUGGAACGACCCGAUCGUGCUUUUAUUCCCGUGUUUAAUGUGUCUGUUUUAGCUUGUAUAGUUUAUUAAUCCUGAUUUUUCACUCAUUUGCCUUUUUAAAAUAAUUGUUGUUGUUAUUGUUGUUGAAUAGAUUCCUGAAGAAACCACUGUUGCAUUUAGUUUUUUGUUUUGUAAAGGAGCGUUACAGUAUUUUCAGACGAGAUGUUUUUUGCACGCUCCAUUAAAGGUUUCUUACCUCUCA